ACCCCGACCCCGGCGCCCGGCCCCGGCGCCCCCCGAGGUGCAGUUCCGCCCGUACCGCACGGACGACUUCAUCACGCGGCUGUACUACGAGACGCCGCGCCUGACGGUGCUCAACCAGACGUGGGUGCUGAAGGCGCGCGUCAACGACUCGGAGCGCAACCCCAACCUCUCCUGCAAGCGCACCCUCUCCUUCCAGCUCAUCCUGAAGAGCAAGGUCAACUCGCCGCUGGAGUGCUCCUUCCUGCUGCUCGAGGGGCCCUACGACGACGUCAAGAUCAACCCGGUCAUCUACCACUUUGUCUUUACCAAUGAGAACAAUGAGACCGAGUACAUGCCGCUCCCCAUCGUGGACUCGGUGGAGUGCAACAAGCUGCUGGCGGCCAAGAACAUCAACCUGCGCCUUUUUAUAUUCCAGAUCCAGAAGUAGGCCAGGCCGCGGCGCCAGCGUGACGGCGGGGCGGCGGCGUUGGCGUGGGGCGGCGUGGCGGCGGCGUGACG